UAAUGAUUUUCAGAAUCUCCAGGUCCUGUUUUUCUAGUAUUUCUGUCAAAUUAGUACAAUAGAAUUUAUAAAGUUUAGCCUCCUUUCAAAGUCCAUCAUUUAGAAUUAGAUCAACUUCCCCAAACAACAACUACAACAUCAGCUGAAUUACUUGCUUAUUAUAAGAGUAUGUAAUUGUAAAGACGUAUGGAAAUUGCUUGUGAUAAUCUCUAUAAACAGAGAUUGAUUAGAGGUAUUUCAAUUUUUAUAAUCUUUCUAGGUUUCUUACAUCUUGCUGAUGGUCAAGAAUCAAUUUAUGAAGGAUUACAUGCAGCAUUAACAUUUGAUGACUGUGUUAUCACAGCUUAUAGAGAUCAUUGCAUAGCAUUGCUCAGAGGUGAUACUCCACAUCAAAUUAUUGCUGAAAUGAUGGCAAAAUAAACAGGCAGUACAAAGGGUAAAGGAGGUUCAAUGCAUUACUACAAAAAAGCCACCAAUUUUUAUGGUGGUCAUGGAAUUGUAGGUGCAUAAAUUCCAUUGGGAACAGGAUUGGCAUUUGCUUAAAAAUAUAACAAAAAGCCUAAUGUGACUUUAAUUAUGUUUGGAGAUGGUGCAGCCAAUCAAGGAUAAUUAUAUGAAGCUGCAAAUAUGGCUCAAUUAUGGCAUUUACCAGCUAUCUAUUUCAUUGAAAAUAACUUGUUUGGUAUGGGAACAUCCAUUGACAGAGCAAGUGCUAAUACCAAAUUCUAUACAAGAGGUGAUGUAAUUCCAGGAAUAUAAGUAUAUAUAUUCUAUAUAAAUUGUAAGAUUGAUGGAAAUAAUGUCUUCUAAGUUAGAGAGACACUCAAAUUUGCCAAGAAACACUGUCUUGAGAAGGGACCAAUCUUUAUUGAAGCCAUGACUUACAGAUAUCAUGGACAUUCUAUGAGUGAUCCAGGUGUCACCUAUAGAACAAGAGAAGAAGUUUAAUAAUAGAGAAAGACCAGAGAUUGUAUCAACUAUGUUAAAAAUAUUAUUCUUGAAAAUAAAGUGGCAGAUGAACAUUAAUUGGAAGUAAUUCAUAAAUUUAUUUUCUUUUUAGGAAAUUGAUAACACUGCUUAAAAUGAAAUUGAUAUUGCUGUUGAAUAAGCCAAAGUUGAUCCGGUUCCACCAAGCACUGAAUUGACAACAGAUGUUUAUGUUGACAAUUAAAAUCAUUUUAUUAGAGGAAUCUUGUAUAAGGAUAGCAUUCUACCAAAGAGUUAAUGAA